CCUCCCUGCCUGCCUGCCUGCCUUGCUCGCCUUGCCCGUCUUGCCUGCCUGCGCGCUCCCCGCUCUCCUAUCUCUGACGCAAUAUACUCGACGUGCUCCGCGGCCAAUAGGGUUCCGCCCCCGGGGGCGUUGCUGCCGGCUGAUUGGUUGGCAGGAGCCGAUCGCUGCGCAAAAACAGAAAAGCCGAGCGCUACCGGCUCAGAAACUGUCGGCAGAGAUCAGAGGAGCUGGAGCCUGAGCAGGGGCUGGGACCGGAGCCGGGACGGGAGGCGAGCGGCGGCGGCGGCGGCGGCAGCAGCAGCAGCAGCAAGCAGAAAGACAGACACAGAGAGAGGGGCUAGACGCAAAAGCAGCAAGAGAGGAAAAAAAACUCAUCAGCACGUCCAUAAAAAGCAGUGAUGCUGAACAUAACAAUAAAAGAAGAAAAUGAAAGACUAUUAAUAGAAGAGAGAAACAGUUAAAAUCUUUAAAUAAAAAAAGAGGAAAGCCCUGAGAAAUCGGGGAAUGAAAGUUUUGGGUAGCAAAGCUGCGCUCUGCCUUUUUUUGAUAUGAAAUCUUUUUGGGGGUUAUAAUUUUUUUUUUUUUUUUUUUUUAAUUUCGCGGGUUUCUGCCUUUUCCUUGCAUCUGAAGAGGGCAUGUCCGCCGGCUCCUCCAGCAGCACCUACCCCUCCGGCUCCCACCAGGAAGACAAACCGAGGACAAUCUUGAAAUAUAACAAUUUGCUCCUUGGGAUUUGCUGCUGCUGCCUCCGCCGCUGCUGCUGCCGCGGUGCAGUGCCAAGACUCUCGGAAUAAAUAAAAGCGGGCUACUGUGUAUCUCUAGAUCCAUCCAGCUAAUAGCUAUUACUAGUUGUCCGUUUAUUUCGAAGAUCACAGAUGAAGUGGGGACGCCUGUUUUCUUCAUUGGGUCAGCGUGUGAAACAAUAAUACUCGUAACAAAAAAGAAGGGAGAUGGGGGAGAAAAAAAAUCCUAACAUGAAUCAGAAGAAAUAAUAUCGAGCACCCCCCCCCCUCUAAAUCAACCACUUCCCCCCUCCCUUUCCUUCCUCCUCCCCUGAUCCCUCUCUCUCCACACGCUCGCAGGCGCGGACACACACACAUACACACACACACACACACACACACACACACACAGCUAGACACGCAGAGGUACACACGCUGUAGUGUGUAUUUUCGGAGGAGGAGGUGGUGGUGGCUUUUGGAAAAAGAGGAAGAGGUGGUGUUGGGGAGGGGGUAUCUCUUUCCCCGUUUGGAGAUGAUUGUGCUAUUCCUCUUUGCCUUGCUCUGGAUGGUGGAGGGGGCCCUUUGCCAGCUCCAUUACACGGUGCAGGAAGAACAGGAGCAUGGCACGUUCGUGGGGAAUAUCGCCGAGGAUCUGGGCUUGGACAUUACAAAACUUUCGGCUCGCCGCUUUCAGACGGCGCCCAACUCCCGCAGCCCUUACCUGGAGCUCAACCUGGAGACUGGGGUGCUCUACGUGAAUGAGAAGAUAGACCGGGAGCAGAUCUGCAAACAGAGCCCCUCCUGCCUGCUGCAUCUGGAGGUCUUCCUGGAGAACCCCCUCGAGCUGUUCCGGGUGGAGAUCGAGGUGCUGGACAUCAACGAUAAUCCUCCCUCCUUCCCGGAGCCCGACCUCACCGUGGAGAUCUCGGAAAGCGCCACGCCGGGCACCCGCUUCCCGCUGGAGAGCGCCUUCGACCCCGACGUGGGCACCAACUCGCUGCGCACCUACGAGAUCACCCCCAACAGCUACUUCUCCCUAGACGUGCAGACGCAGGGAGACGGCAACCGCUUCGCCGAGCUGGUGCUGGACAAGCCCCUGGACCGGGAGCAGCAAGCAGUGCACCGCUACGUGCUGACAGCGGUGGACGGCGGGCAGCCCCAGCAGCGCACCGGCACCGCCCUGCUCACCAUCAGGGUGCUAGACUCCAACGACAACGUCCCCGCCUUUGAGCAGCCCGUUUACACCGUGUCGCUGCCGGAGAACUCGCCGCCGGGCACCCUGGUGCUUCAGCUCAACGCCACUGACCCCGACGAGGGUCAGAAUGGCGAGGUGAUCUACUCCUUCAGCAGCCACAUCUCGGCCCGCGCCCGGGAGCUCUUCGGCAUCGCGCCGCGCACAGGGCGGCUGGAGGUGAGCGGCGAGCUGGACUACGAGGAGAGCAGCGUGUACCAGGUGUACGUGCAAGCCAAAGACCUGGGGCCCAACGCCGUCCCGGCGCACUGCAAGGUGCUGGUGAGGGUUCUGGACGCCAACGACAACGCGCCCGAAAUCAGCUUCUCCACCGUCAAAGAGGCGGUGAGCGAGGCGGCGGCGCCGGGCACCGUGGUGGCUCUCUUCAGCGUCUCGGACCGCGACUCGGAGGAGAAUGGGCAAGUGCAGUGCGAGCUACUGCAGGGCGAUGCUCCCUUCCGCCUCAAGAGCUCCUUCAAGAACUACUACACCAUCGUCACCGAGGGGCCGCUGGACCGCGAGCAGCCGGGCGGCGACGCCUACACCCUCACCGUGGUGGCCAGGGACCGUGGCGAGCCGCCGCUGAGCACCAGCAAAUCCAUUCAGGUGCGGGUGAGCGACGUGAACGACAACGCGCCGCGCUUCAGCCAGCCCGUCUAUCAGGUCUACGUGAGCGAGAACAACGUGCCCGGCGCCUACAUUUACGCCGUCAGCGCCACCGACCGGGACCAGGGCGCCAACGCCCAACUCGCCUACUCCAUCCUGGAGAGUCAGAUCCAGGGCAUGUCCGUCUUCACCUACGUUUCCAUCAACUCCGAGAACGGCUUUCUCUACGCCCUCCGCUCCUUCGACUACGAGCAGCUCAAGGAGUUCAGCUUUCAGGUGGAGGCCCGCGACGCCGGUGAGGAGCCUCAGCCUCUGGCCGGCAACGCCACCGUCAACAUCAUUGUGGUGGACCAGAAUGACAACGCUCCCGCCAUUGUCAGCCCCCUGCCCGGCCGGAACGGCACCCCGGCGCGGGAGGCGCUGCCCCGCGGAGCUGAGCCGGGCUACCUGGUAAGCCGGGUGACAGCGGUGGACGCCGACGACGGGGAGAACGCCCGCCUCACCUACAGCAUAGUGCGGGGCAAUGAGGCCAGCCUCUUCCGCAUGGACUGGCGCACCGGGGAGCUGCGGACGGCGCGCAGGGUGCCGGCCAAGCGUGACCCCCAGCGCCCCUACGAGCUGGUCAUCGAGGUGCGCGACCACGGGCAGCCGCCGCUCUCCUCCACUGCCGCCAUACAGGUGGUGCUGGUGGACGGCGCGGCCGAGCGGCCCAGCGGCGGUGGCGGCCUGGGCCCGGGAGCGGGAGCGGGCGCGGUGGGCGGCGGCGGCGGGUCCGGCGAGCAUCGCCCCAGCCGCUCUGGGGGGGACAGCUCACUCGACCUCACCCUUAUCCUCAUCAUAGCCCUGGGCUCCGUCUCCUUCAUCUUCCUGCUGGCCAUGAUCGUGUUGGCAGUGCGCUGCCAGAAGGAGAAGAAGCUCAACAUCUACACCUGUCUGGCCAGCGACUGCUGCCUGGGCUGCUGCUGCUGCUGCCCUUGCUGCAGCCGGCAGGCGCGGGCCCGCAAGAAGAAGCUCAGCAAGUCGGACAUCAUGCUGGUGCAGAGCUCCAACGUGCCCAGCAACCCGGCGCAGGUGCCGGUGGAGGAGUCGGGGAGCUUCGGAUCCCAUCACCACAACCAGAACUACUGCUACCAGGUUUGCCUCACCCCCGAGUCCGCCAAGACCGACCUGAUGUUCCUCAAGCCUUGCAGCCCCUCCCGCAGCACCGACACCGAGCACAACCCCUGCGGGGCAAUCGUCACCGGCUAUGCCGACCAGCAGCCCGACAUCAUCUCCAACGGCAGCAUCUUGUCCAGCGAGACAAAACAUCAGCGUGCUGAGCUCAGUUAUCUAGUUGACAGACCCCGACGAGUAAACAGUUCUGCAUUCCAGGAAGCAGACAUAGUAAGCUCUAAGGACAGUGGUCAUGGAGACAGUGAGCAAGGAGACAGUGAUCAUGAUGCUACUAAUCGAGGUCAAUCCUCUGUUUCUUUUUCUCUCAUGCUUGCAGGCAUGGAUCUCUUCUCCAAUUGCACGGAGGAAUGUAAAGCACUGGGCCACUCAGAUCGGUGCUGGAUGCCUUCCUUUGUUCCAUCCGAUGGACGCCAAGCUGCAGAUUACCGCAGCAAUCUGCAUGUACCUGGCAUGGACUCCGUUCCAGACACUGAAGUGUUUGAAACACCAGAAGCCCAGCCGGGUGCAGAAAGGUCCUUCUCCACCUUCGGCAAAGAGAAGGCCCUUCACAACACUCUGGAAAGGAAAGAGUUGGAUGGACUGCUGUCUAAUACACGAGCGCCUUACAAACCACCAUAUUUGAAACAUGGGUGGCUGCAGAGUAAUCCCCAUCCUUCAUCCCCCAGCCCAAGCCGUGUGUCUCACCCUUUACCUGGAUGCACCACUUCAAAGGCACUUGCCAUCUCUGGAUCUCAAAGUGGAUUAUAAAGAAUAGUGAUUUAAACCUUCCUGCACCUCUAGGAGAUAGCACGGAAAAGGAUAUGUUAGUCACUUCUACAGGACUUACCUGAAGCAGCAUGAUUUGCACAAAAGUCGACCAACAAAAAGCAUCAACUUUCAACUUCAUUAUCUUGGCCAUCCAGUUCUGUGUAACUGAAGGAUUUGUGUGCUGUUGGAGACAUCAUGGCCAACAAUAGGACCUAAUUGCUCUCAGCAGGCCUGAGAAAUGAGUUGAAAUGUGUAGAACUGUAGGAACUUCAGAGGCAACUGAUCUUGCCUCUCUGAUCAGUGUGUGCCUGUUUACAGCACUAUAUAUCUUUCUCUCUCCAAAAUGUCACUGAGCCCUUUAGAUGUUUAUAUUCACCACAAGAAGCCAAUCGUACAGAUAAAAAAAAUGUGCAUUAUAAAUGCAAUAUCACUGUUUUAAACUUGACUGUUUUAUAUUAUUUUUGUGUGAUCGAGUGUUCCCCAAACUAUUCCAACUUUACAAGAGAGAUUGUGAUCAUGUU